UAACGCGAUCGAACAACGAGUUGGAUAGACUUUCCUCUCGUGAUACGAACCCAAGUAGAACAACGUUAUCUUAAAGUAUUUCAUUUUACUAUGUGAAAUUAGGUUAGGAUAACUUUAUUUUCGGUAAAAAAGUUAAGUUUGUGUUUACUGAAAGAGUUAUCUAAUGUCCGCCCGAAAGGUAACUUUUAAUAUCCAAAAAGAUAUCAUUUAGAUAUAAAAGUAUCAAGCUGGUACAUGGAUACAAAUUAAAUAUAUACUAAAUGAUAACUGUAAGAUGCGUAAAUGAACUAGCUAUUAACCAACUGUAAACUGUUAUUUAAUCAAUGUUAUAUUAAUGGAGACAAAUUAUUGACAUUGACUUGGUAUCUUAUAGAUACGUUCAAAAAGUUAACUUCAAGAACGUUAACCAUUAGGCAACCUGUUCUACUUGGGAAUCAGAGAUCACUCAUUCCGCCUCGUUGACAAAUUCAAUUUGAAUUAUUACAAUUUAAUCUGAGCAGGACUUUGUGGUGUGACGUAUUCGAAGAAAAAAAUCUGCCGAAUUGUAAAACUAUCGAUACGCAUCUUCAUUUGAUGACAUCAAAGAGGUUAAUCGAUCCUUCGACAAAUGAGAGAAUCGAGCUUCGAUUAGCUAGUCGAACGUUAACCUUAUCUGCGUGACAAGUGAUAUGUUGUACGAUAUGUGAUGAGGAUAUAAAUAGGGGAUUGUUUUGAUCGUGAAAUCUACUAUGUUAAUUUCGUCUGCACUCCCUAUAAUGCACUGUUAUUCAUAGUGAUGCUUUGUUUAAGAUACGGAAGGAAUUUUAAUACUCCAUCGCUGUUCAACAUGCUCCUGAGAGCUUUUUCUUUACGUUGUAGCAGCAACAGGAGCACGAGUUCUUAUGUCAACGCCAAUGGCGAUUCCAUGGACGAUGUUCAGACCAACAUGCUGGAUGCCAACUCCAAUUGGGAGUUACUAACACCAAAUGGUUUUCGAUUUUAUCUUCCUGGAAGUGUUGGACUUGCAUGGCUAGACGUUACAACUACUGCCCAAAUGAAGACUCAAUUUCUUGAAGCAUAUGAUGAUGAGAAAUUUGAGAAGUUAUUGAACAAUAGAGAUAAAUCAAAUGACAGAAAGUGGAAAACUGUACAUUCAACAUUGAAGUAUAUGGCGCAGGAAUGUCCUGUUCUCUUACACAAGAGUAUCGAGGAACUAUUUCCAGGAACAAUCUUAGACCUGGCUGCUUCAGAUCUCACUAUCAUAACUAUUAGUCAAAAAGCAAAUCCUAAGUCACUUAGAUGGCGUACAGACGUCGAAACAGAAAAAUUAGCCAAAUAUUUUGUUCUAGCGGCUGUGGAUAUUUGCCUAAAGCUCAAAAUGGAUGGUUACUGGGCAGACUUUAUCAAUCCGUUCAGCGGGCAGCCUUACUUCACACCGCGGAAAGAUAGUAAUCUCUACAAAACUGACGAACGUUUUCGCUGUCUAGGAUUUAAAGUAGAACAAAAGAAAAAUUGCAGAGUCAUCGCGUGUGACGACAGCCCGAGAAAUUUUGUUGGUAACGAUUGAAAAUGGAACAAUAAUCUGCGUUCAUCGAGAUAUGGGUAUUUUGAUACUUAAAACGCUACUCUGACAAUCAGAAAAAUGUUUGUAGCAUCCAGUUUACAUUUCGAUUUUUCUCUUCAAUUUCAG